GGAAAGGUUAAUCUACAAACUAAAUUAACAACAAAUGUUUUACCCAUUUCACCAGAGCCUCUUUAAUAGUUGUUGCUUUUGCCUGAAAACACACGUUAUACAAUCGUGACGACUCACAGAAAGGGAGAGGGAAUUGUCCACGCAUGUCCCAGCUAAGCUUUUUAUAGGACGCACAGUUUGGACCGCAAUCCCUUGCGGAGGCCUCAGAGGAAUAAGAACUCGUCAGAGCCGUUGGUUCUCUGAAGUCUCAUAAGUGAAGUCUGAAGGGAUCUGGAAACCCUCCGCCCCUUCUCUGCGAGGGGCCGCUGCCAUGAUAUAACCUCCAAGCCUCUAAGCGCACACGCAAGCGAGACCCAGUGACCCCCGACGUCCCCCUUCCGCUCUGGAGGAGCCCCGAGGUGGAGCGCUGCCGCUGAGCUGAGUAUGCCUCAAACUCCCGUGUUGUGAAAGGAGAGUGUGUGCUGGGCAGCACUAGGCGCCAUGCGUCCGUGGACGGGCUCGUGGCGCUGGAUUAUGCUGGUGCUGCUGGCCUGGGGCACGCUGCUUUUCUACAUCGGGGGUCACCUCGUGAGGGACAGCGAGCAUCCGGAACGGUCCAGCAGAGAGCUCUCCAAGAUCCUGGCCAAGCUGGAAAGGCUGAAACAGCAGAAUGAAGAUCUGAGACGCAUGGCAGAAACUCUGAGGUUACCUGAUGGACAGGCCGAUGGUGGUCCCGGAGCCGUGGGUAAAUUACGCAACCUUGAAGAACAACUGAUCAGAGCUAAGGAGAAAAUCAACUCUUAUCGCAGCCUCCCUGCUGAUGGUCCAGGAAAGGACCAGGAGGAGCUAAGGAGGAAGGUGGAGAAUGGUGUGAGGGAACUUUGGUAUUUUGUUCGCAGUGAGUUGAAGAAACUAGCACCGAUGGACACAGGAGCACUACAGAAACAUGUGGACACACUAAUGCAGGACCUCGGACACCAGCAGAGGUCCAUCAUGACAGACCUGUAUCAUCUGAGCCAGGCGGACGGUGCUGGAGACUGGAGAGAGAAAGAAGCUAAAGAACUGUCCGACCUAGUACAGAACAGAAUCACCUAUCUACAGAACCCUGAGGACUGCAGCAAGGCUCGCAAGCUGGUGUGUAACAUCAAUAAGGGUUGUGGUUACGGCUGCCAGCUGCAUCAUGUGGUCUACUGCUUCAUGAUUGCCUAUGGCACACAGCGCACCCUCAUAUUGGAGUCACAGAACUGGCGCUACGCCACCGGCGGAUGGGAGACUGUUUUUAAACCUGUCAGCGAGACCUGCACUGAUCGUACGGGGGCCACCACUGGGCACUGGUCUGGUGAAGCAAACGAUCGGGAUGUUCAGGUCAUUGAGUUGCCCAUCGUGGACAGCCUGCACCCCCGUCCCCCGUACCUGCCCCUGGCCAUCCCUGAAGACCUUGCGGACAGGCUUCAGAGGCUUCAUGGAGACCCACCUGUGUGGUGGGUCUCUCUUAUCAAGUACCUGAUCCGCCCCCAGGCUUGGCUGUUGAAGGAAAUGCAAGAGGCCACCGCCAAGCUGGGCUUCAAGCACCCCAUUAUAGGGGUGCAUGUGCGCCGUACAGAUAAGGUAGGGACGGAGGCGGCAUUCCACCCCAUAGAAGAGUACAUGGUGCAUGUUGAGGACCACUACCAGAGUCUGGCCCAGCGCAUGCAUGUGGAUAAGAAACGGGUUUACCUUGCCACUGACGACCCUUCUCUACUGCAGGAGGCCAAGUCUAAGUAUCCUGAUUAUGAAUUUAUUAGUGAUAAUUCUAUUUCAUGGUCGGCUGGGCUGCACAACCGUUACACUGAAAACUCUCUGAGAGGAGUCAUCCUGGAUAUCCACUUCCUCUCCAGGACCAACUUUUUAGUGUGCACAUUCUCUUCACAGGUGUGUCGAGUGGCCUACGAGAUCAUGCAGACUCUCCACCCAGACGCCUCAUCCUUCUUCUUCCUCGAUGACAUCUACUACUGCCCGAUUGGGCAGAACGCCCACAACCAGAUCGCUAUCUACCCGCACCAAGCACGCAAUAGCGACGACAUUCCGCUUGAGCCGGGAGAUGUGAUCGGCGUUGCGGGCAACCAUUGGGAUGGAAACUCCAAGGGAAUCAACCGCAAAACGGGCCGCACCGGCCUCUACCCCUCUUAUAAAGUCAAGAAGAUUGAGACAGUGAAGUAUCCCACGUACCCAGAAGCGGACAAACUUCUUAAGAAGCCGUAGAUUGAGAC